GCUGGGCUUGCUUAAUCUUCUGGUCCCAUUCACUAAAGGACUUCGAUUCCCAGGUAUGGUGGUGACUGGCAACACAGGUGAGCGUCCUGGGAGGAGCCCCGGGACACAGCCCGGACCGCAGGAUGGACAUGGUAUCAAUACACAGCCUCUCUGAGCUGGAGCGUCUGAAGCUGCAAGAGACUGCUUACCACGAACUCGUGGCCAGACAUUUCCUCUCUGGAUUCAAGCCCGACAGAGCUCUACCCACUGACCGUCCAAACACCUUGGAGAAGUGGUUUCUGAUUCUGAGAGGACAAGAGAGGGCUGCAUCUCUCAAGACAUUUGGCAUUCGCUUGGAAGAGGUUCUGGUGAAUGAGCUUACCCGCCGCAAGCAUCUUGAACUGACAGCUACCAUGCAGGUUGAAGAAGCCACUGGUCAGGCUGUGGGCCGUCGUCGGGGAAACGUGGUGCAAAGGAUGUUUGGACGCAUCAGGCGCUUUUUCAGCCGCAGACGGAAUGAGCCCACCUUGCCCAGGGAGUUCACUCGCCGUGGGCGUCGAGGUGCAGUGUCUGUAGAUAGCCUGGCUGAGCUGGAGGAUGGGGCCCUGCUGCUGCAGACCCUGCAACUCUCAAGGGUUUCAUUUCCUAUUGGCCAGCGACUUCUGGGAUCCAAAAGGAAGAUGAGCCUCAACCCCAUUGCCCAACAAAUCCCUCAGGUUGUUGAGGCUUGCUGCAAAUUCAUUGAGAAACAUGGCUUAAGCUCAGUGGGGAUUUUCACCAUUGAGUACUCUGUGCAGAGAGUGCGUGAGCUCCGUGAAGAAUUUGACAAAAAUCUGGAUGUGGUGCUGGAUGACAAUCAGAAUGUACAUGAUGUGGCUGCACUCCUCAAGGAGUUUUUCCGUGAAAUGAAGGACUCUCUGCUGCCUGAUGAUCUGUACAUGUCCUUCCUGCUGACUGCAACUCUGAAGCCCCAAGAUCAGCUUUCUGCCCUGCAGUUGCUGGUGUACCUGAUGCCACCCUGCCACAGUGACACCCUGGAGCGCCUGCUGAAGGCCCUGCAUAAAAUCACUGAAUACUGCGAGGACUCCAUUGGCAUUGAUGGACAGUUGGUUCCAGGUAACCGCAUGACUUCCACCAACUUGGCCUUGGUGUUUGGAUCUGCUCUCCUGAAGAAGGGAAAGUUUGCCAAGAGGGAAUCCAGGAAAACCAAGCUGGGGAUUGAUCACUAUGUUGCUUCUGUCAAUGUGGUCCGUGCCAUGAUUGAUAACUGGGAUAUCCUCUUUCAGGUCCCUCCCCAUAUUCAGAAGCAGGUUGCUAAGCGUGUGUGGAAGUCUAGUCCUGAAGCCCUGGAUUUUAUCAGACGCCGGAAUUUGAGGAAGAUCCAGAGUGCUCGCAUAAAGAUGGAAGAGGAUGCAUUAGUUUCUGAUCCAGUGGAAACCUCUGCUGAAGCCGAGGCUGCUGUCCUUGCCCAGAGCAAGCCUUUUGAUGAAGACCCUGAAGGAGUCCCAGAUGUGCAUGAAAUCUUGAUUCCUGGAGAAAACCUGAACCAUGACUUUGAAGAAGGACCAGAUUUUGAAGACAACCAGAAUUUGGAUAUCGCAGAGGUUCCAUAUCUUGAUGUAAUCCCCAACAAUGAAGAAGCCGACUCAGAUGCUGACGAUAUCCCAGGUUCCUCUGAGGAGCCCGCUGUGCCUCGCGGCACUGCCCGUUCCCAUGACGAUGAGGAAGGAGCGGGUAAUCCCCCCAUUCCGGAGCAAGACCGCCCAUUGCUCCGUGUGCCCCGGGAGAAGGAGGGCAAAACUGGCAUCGGCUACUUCUUUCCUUAGAUGUAUUUCCCUUCUAUAAAGUGCCAGACAGGGGAAAAGGGUGGGGGUAGACCUGGGAUGUCACAGCAAACAUUAAGGAGAGUCUUGAAGACAAAGAUUUAAGGGUAAGAAGGAGUUCCACCUGAUGCUCGGGUCAGGAUGGGAAUUCCAAGUACACUGCCAACCCCACCACUGGGGAUGCUUGGUCUCUGUAGCUGGCAAAAGCAGAGAUGUUUCUGUGUCACGCCCAGGCUCCCUGGUGCUACCUUGCCUUCUCUUUUACCCCUGAUCCUGGCUUUCUCUCACUACAGCCCUUCCUUUAAUUGAUGUUACAUUUGUGGUGAACGCCUGUCCCAGAGAAGCUCACAAAUCUCGAGGUGCUUUCCCUCCCCCAAAGGGGAUUGCAUGUUUUUCCUUACUUUCCUACCCUCCUCCCGAGAGCUCAAUUGGAAAGGCCCUCAAGAGGCAUGCUAGAACGUUAGGUCAGCCUAUGGACUGCUGACAAACAAUUAAUGCUAAACCAUGUCACACCAACUCAUAGCCGUGUCCCCGCAGCAACUCCACCGCCUCAGGAUUUUUUUUUUUCUUUUCCAAAUUAUUUAGACCAAUGGCUCAUCAAACAGCCACCCCCCCCACCUCCAAAUUCUGUGCAGUUUUGCUCAGGUCAGGCCAACAGGGAAACCUCAAGUGUGAGCCUAACUAGAUUUCCUGGGGUCAAAAGUUAGAGGAAAAAUUAGAUUUUAGUACCUGGAUCUGUUUUACAGACAGCCGGUGUUCCCACGCCGUUGUCAGCAAAACAACUAGUUAGGUACAGACACAUAGUUCCAAGUAGUUAAAUACACCUGAUUACAAACAUUUUUAUCUAUCGUCUCUGUAGUUCCUCUAUGCAGGACGGUAAAAAUAUGCGGGACAUGCUCUGGUAACACUGAUAUGGGUUAUGUAUGACAUCCAAAUUUAACUGAUAUUUAUGGGUAACAACGGCUAAGGUCCAUAGAGUGAAGAAUGUAUUGUAUUGAGGGAUAGACAUUGAUCAUACAAUGGGUAAUAACCGCAGAGCUCGAAGAUUUGUGAUUGUUAAAACUUCUCUGGCAUUUAACCAUUAAUAAACAUCUGUGUUGUGACAGCAGCA